UGAAAGGAGAGACAAGGUGGAUAAUAUAUGUGUGCACUUAGGGUUUGCACGGGUUCCUAAUUGAAGGACGUUGGCAGACAAUGAUAAACUCGGAGCAUUGCUCUCGAUCAAGCGGCGAGCGACCUGUCGCGUCUGGCGGCCGCUGCCAAGGGUGCUUGUUGUUAUAGCGAAUUAAAGCUUCGUGUGUCCUUCGUGAUGUUCAGGAUCACGCUGUGGUGAGGUUCGUCAGCCUGCAGCGGGACGGGGGGAGGAGGAGGGCCUCCUGUAGUGUCCUCCGCUGGAAUUAAUUAGGCUCUUCCUGACAGAAGACGCCCUUCAGUCCAGCCCAUGUCCUCAAACACACACAACAUCAGCACAGACACACGGACUAUAACACAGCACACCUGGAAUGGCCAUAAAGGAGGAGCUGAGGAGCCGUCAGUUCUGGCAGGGCAUUCUAGCAGAGACUCUGGGCUCCCUGGUCUUUGUGUCUGCUGUGCUGGGCUCUUUAGUCCCGGGGCCGGACGGGGCCUCCCCGGGGCCCAUUUACCCCGCACUGGCUGCUGGCAUGGCGACCGUGGUUCUGGGAUACUGCUUUGGUGAAAUCAGCGGGGCUCAGGUGAAUCCUGCGGUGACCGUGGCUCUCCUGGCCACUCGUAAGGUGGAUGUGUUGAGGGCUGUGGUGUAUCUGCUGGCUCAGUGUUUGGGUGGGAUCCUCGCGGCUGGACUCAUGUACCUCUCGCUGCCCCUGAAGUCCACGGCACAGAACUACAUCAACAAGGUCCCAGUGGAAAUGAACGCAGGUCAAGCUCUUGGGAUGGAGAUGCUGGCCACGUUUCUUCUGGGUUUCACUGUGUUUUCUGUGGAAGAUCAACGCAGGAGAGAAACAAAUGAACCAGGGAAUUUAGCCAUCGGGUUUGCUGUGACCACUGCCAUCUUUAUUGCUGGGAGGUUUUCCGGUGCCAGUCUGAACCCAGCUCGCUCUCUUGGUCCUGCUAUAAUACUUGGAUACUGGGAACAUCACUGGGUCUACUGGAUCGGCCCAAUCUUAGGUGCGGUGCUGGCCGGAGUGUCUCACGAGUUCAUUUUUGCCCCCAGUGCGUCCAGACAGAAGCUGGUGGCCUGUCUGACCUGCAAGGACAUCGAGAUCGUGGAGACGGCCAGCGUGUCUCGCUCGUCCCUGUCCACUGUCACACAGAGCGCCAUGAGAAACAAACAAAGCAACAAACUGGAGCACAGCUAAGCUCAUGCUCACUCCUUUCAGGAUGCAGGUUUACGUUUAGUCACAAUCAAUGGCUCUCAUUCAUGAAACCUAUUCAGGAACGGAACAGAUCUUCGUCACGAAACUAACACGAAUCGAGGGAUGCAACAAGUGAUUCAUGAAUUAUUAUUAUUAUUAUUAUUAUUCAUUUUGAAGGUGAACCGAUUGUUGAGAAGAAAAUCUAAAAGCUUGUGUGCAGCAAGAUUUUCAUUAAGGUUUUGUGGAUUAUUAUUAUUUACAAAAAGACCUGCAUAUCAAAUCUGAUACAUUAGGCUUUAGAGUUGAUUAGCACAUCAGUAUCUUAUAUUUAAAAAAAACUCUGUAUAUUCUAUAAAAAUGUUUUCGUACUAGAAUGCAGUAACAUACUGUUUAAGAUGUCUAUGUAAUGAACUUUGUAAAAACCCUCAGCUUGCACAUGCAUAGAUAUUAAAGUGCCAAACAUAUGCCUAUGUGGCCUGAGCUUGCUAUUAAGGUUCAAUAGUAUUAUGUUCUUUUCCCUAAAUCCACUGUUAACCAAAUAGCUGCUUACAUUUCAUUUUAAGGCUGUAGUUGACAGUGAUAAUGUGUAUAUGUGUUUGUUGGUGGUGUUUAUAUCUUUAUAUCUAGCGUAUUAUAUCUUUAGUUGAAUUAUUAUUAUUAUUCUUGAUAAAUAUACAGAUGUCCUAGAUUUACUUUAAUUUGGAGCAAAGGUUUGGCUUUCAUAUUUAUGAAUAAUCGGAUUCUUAAAGUCUUACUUUACUUAAAUACAUAUCCAUAAACAUCUAUAAUCUUCUGCAAAUGAUAUCAAAUAGGAAUACGAGCACAGCCAUACGGUACAUUUACAGUAACCUGCUUUUAUUGUCCUUGCAUAACACGUAAAUGACUCUGAUCCACAGAUCACCUUGUAGA